AUGGUCAACCAACCCGCCAGAAUUCCCACCACUACCCCGGCUCUUGCCAGAUUCCUCCCCGCUGCCAUCACCGUCGGCAUUGUCUCCGCCGUCGCCCUGAACAUCCGAUCCCAGCUUAAGACUGAGUCUCAGCAAAUGGAUCGCUUCUUCUCUAAGUACAACAACCCUCAAAGCGAAGCCGCCCGCCAAAAGGUCUUCGAGGAUCCCUCCGAGGACCCACGCAGAAGCUGGUUCAACGCUCUGGGCCGAUCGUAA